UGAGUUGAUUCAGUACUUUCUCUUCGUCAAGUGGGACAUGAUUAUCACCAACUGCUCGAGAGUGUCUGCGAAAUUCGGGUCCGAAUAGUGGAUGCUCCCUCUAUGCCAGUAACGCUGUUGUCCUGGACUCUGAAACGGGCCCUUCAGAACAGAACGCCUCCUUGUUACUGUGGGCCACUAAGCCCCGACUUAAACUGUUGCCUAAGCUUGGUGCCCGCGCUGCUCACUCAGUAGCCAGUUUUCAGCCCAAGCCUUAUGUUCUAAACUGGUGACAAAAGGUUUCUCCAUUGCCUUCUGUCUUGUCAUACCACCUGUAACUCUUCUCCUUAGAUUCGGGGUCGAAAUUCCAACCAUGGAACUCCCUUUUGUCUCCGAAACCGGUCGACAGCCCCGGGCCACUUCAUCAUGCGCCGAAUGCAGACGUCGUCGUGUCAAAUGUGAAGGCCAGACCUUUCCCUGUCGGCAAUGCGUCUACUACCUCGUCCCACAUCUUUGCCAUUAUCCUGCAAGGAAAAAGAGGCACAAUGUAUCUAUAAAGUAGACGCGCAUUUGAACAAGCGGGCCUGCUCUAACGCUGAACUAACACAAUAUGCAGAUCUCACGCCGAACUUACCGAUAGUUACGCCAAGGCCCGGAAGGUCAUCGAAACAUUGUUCCCCUCAAGCUCACUUGAUGAACUAUCCUCCAUGACCCGUGAGCAGCUAUUGAUACGGCUGGAAGCUUCCAAGGCACCUCCACGUCCACGUGCUACUGAGACCGAGCCGCAGGAGCAUCUGCAAGUGUUGGAACCAUCAGUAGAACAAAAUUUCACUUGGGACGAAGUAUCCGAGACCGAAAGCGAGACGUCGCGCGUGGCAGACGACGUCAACGGACUAGCCUUCUCACGACAAUCGCUCAACGCCUCAUACUUGGGCAUAUCCUCGGUUCCUACCAUUUUGAAAGUCAUCGCACAUCUCUCUCCUCAUGUCCAGCAACGAGUUCCCAAGGGCCCUGAAGCUUGGCGGAGUCCAUCAACCCUGGCUGCUAGUCCGGGCGACAUGGCCUGCCUGCAAGUUGAUGAGAUACCACUUAUAAAUGCAUACUUCAGCCACGUGCAUCCUGUCAUUCCAAUGGUGGACGAAGCCGACUUUCGUCAGAGGUAUCUUCAAUCCAACAUGGAAGAGGAUGAAGCUGGUCCGUGGGUGGCUCUAAUGAACAUGGUGCUCGCCAUGGGCUCAAUGGCAUCAGACUCAAUCCACUUCAACGCGCACAACCCUUUUUACAAGCGAGCUCUACCUCAUCUAAACAUCAACUCUUUUGGUUCCGGCCACCUCUACAUGGUCCAAGCAUUGGCUCUGUAUAGUGGCAUGGUUCUUCACUUUCUCAACAAACCGAACAUGGCAGUUGCUGUUAUGGGAGCGACCCUGCAGAUGGCCGUCGCAAUGGGUUUGCAUAGAGUUCAGGCUUCGCAGUCCUCUACGAAUACAGCUUGCCAUCCUGCUAGUGGCUCAAUAGCCACACGAAUACGUACUUGGUGGUCUAUCCUGUGUCUGGAUACGUGGGCUUCGUCCACUUUGGGACGUCCUAGUGAGGGAUAUUGGGACCCAGCUAUAACGUUGACUUCGCCCAUGUCAGUCCUCCAAGAUCUGGAUUACGGAACGAUAUCCCUUGCCGCCAGUGAAAGGUUCUGUAGGAUUGCCACACGUGUACAACAGCGACUCACCCAGUUGCCUCUAAUCAGCCCAGAAGAAGUUGACGAAUUCGACCGCGAACUUAUUGCCUGGAAAGACUCGUUACAUAUGUUCCUGGCUCAUCGUGAGCAAUGUCCGCCAAGUGUCAAUACUGCGCGAGCGAUUCUUUGGUGGCGAUGGAUCACAACUCGGCUCACACUUUACCGUCCAGGCUUAUUAAUCACAGCGCUGCGUCAGAAGCCAUGGGGGCAAGAAGCUACCCGUGAAGCGAUCGAUGCACGAAAAUGUAUCCAGGUUGCAAAGGAAGGAGUUGAUCUGAUGACCCUGGAUUGGGUUUCGAACCAGUUCCUUUGCUGGAACAGCGCUUGGAACCUCUUUCAGGUGUCAUUAGUCCUCGUUCUGGGUCUGAUGUCAGACAAACAAGAAGCAGAUAAAUUAGAGUGCUAUGGAUCCCUUUGUCAGGCGAUUGAGCUAUUCGCUCAGAUGGAGCCUCUUGACCCUGGUUGCACUCGCACUCGAAAGCUUCUUCAAGGUCUGUUGGAUAACACGGAGGGUGUUGAGGAAAACACUGCCUCCCCAAUACCUGAAGGGUUAGAUUCUUUUAUACUUGACUAUUUCGGUACAGAUCUAGUUUGGGAAGAUAACGAUUGGCUAGGAUACUUUUAGGCUGAGUUGAGUCGGACCAUAUUUCUGAUAUCAAUUCAGAGAAUGAGGGUAUAUAGAAAAGGAUGUACCAUUCUCGAAUACUCUCUAGUAUGCAGAAGUUUUACUCAUAAUCCGUGAACCCUUUAAAAGAGCUAGAAGGAAGUUUCCAAGAUCUGGCAUAUAAAUUAAUACAAAACAGGCAAGCGAAUAAAGCAUAACUUAGUCA